AUGACCUCGCUCCUCCGCAGCACCCGCUCUAUUAGAGCCGUCAACCCUACAACCUCCCGAUUCCCCGUCUUCCUUCAACAACGAUUCAACGGCCAAAGCUCGUACGGCAACGGCGAGACCAAAUCCGAAGAUGACAGAAAUGCACCUACCCGCGACAUGGAGCACCCUGGAGCACCACCUCCUGAUGUCGGCAAAGAGAAUCCCUCCAAGUCCCAGCCAUCAUACAAGCAGGACAAGUCCAGAAAAAACGUGCUCGAGGAGGAUAUUCCGAACAGACCGUCCAACAACGCCAAGCCAACGAUCCGCCAGUCCUCGAAUGUGGAUGAUGAUGGGAACGUCAAAGCUAAUGUGCCUGACGACGUUAAGAAGCAUAAUGAGGAGAUUGAUCAGCGUCAUGACAAGCCGUAUAAUCGAAUCCAUGAUGACGGGAAAGUUGGGAAGGGGUUCUGGGGUAAGUUGGACGGCGCGGAGGGUUAUUGA